AUGUCCUGGACUGGCUUGAAGAAGGCAAUCAACAGAGCAGGCAAUCACGUUUUGCUCAAAGCAGGUCAGAUCGAUGAAACAGUCGACAUCGAGUUCGACUACGAGGAGAAGCGGUUCCGUGCAAUGGAGGAAGCGUCCACAAAGCUACAUAAAGAUCUUCGGCGGUACAAGGAAACCCUCACUUCCUUAGCAGGGGCCCAGCAAAAUGUGAGUGACGUUCUAGCAGGCUUUUACGGGCUGGAAGCGAAAUGCGUGGCGAAAGAGUAUCAGCAAGCGACAAAGGCCAUCAGGAACGAGACACUCCAAGAGUUAGGUGAGCCGUUUUUCCAAACCGUGCUCAAUCCAAUUGACCGGUUCAAUUCGUAUUACGUCGAUAUGAAUGAGGCCAUCAAGAAGAGAGCGCACAAAAAGCUUGACUACGACUCGCUUCGCAGCAAGGUCCGCAAGCUCUCGGAGAACCCAGAGAAGGACCCGGCACGCGAGAUCAAGUUGAAGGAUACUCGUGUACAGCUAUCUCUGGCAGAAGAGGUUUACAAUCGUCUCAACGCUCAGUUGAAGGCAGACCUUCCACGGCUAAUGGACCUCCGCAUAUCGUAUCUAAACCCGCUGUUUGAGGCAUUCGUGAAGCUACAGCUACGCUAUUUCAGUGAAAACCACAGGCAUCUCAAUGAGGUGAAGAAGAAGUUGGAUGCGAGAACGCGAGCCGACUACAAGAAUGGGAAGAUGGAGAAGCGACUCGACGAGAUCCUCAGUAAGGUGAAGGAGUUAAACGUUGCAAAUUAG